CUGCUCACGGCCACAAGACUACUAGCAAUAUUUGUGCUACUUGGCGUACUUCUAUGGGUAUUACUCUAUUCCCCCAUCCUGCAGUUAGCCCUGAUAUGAAUCCUAUUGAGAAGUGCUGGAGGAGAAUAAAACAAGCUCUCCAUAGGCGCCUAAGGCAGCCAACAACUGAGGUUCAAAUGGUUGUAGCAGUAUUAGAAGAAUGGGACAAAAUUCCUCAGGAAUGGAUCAAUGGGCUUAUUGAGCAGCAGGACUUCUGGGUACACGACUUAAUUAAGCGAUGUGGCUGGUCUACAGCUAAUUAAUUAAUAAAAUUCAUGAUUCUGAUGCCCUGAACGCACGGACUUUUGUCCCCAUGUUCGUUAGGCCAUAUUUCUACCCCAUUCCCCAUAAGCUCCAAUGAGUUGAGAUUGUCAG